AGCGGCAGCAGUCCAGACAGCAGCGCUGGUGGGCGGGAUGCUCUCAGCGGUGGUGGGCGGAGUGCUCUCUGCUGCUGCAGGCGGCCGGCUGCUCCCCCCAUUGACAGCAAGCAGGGGUGACGUCAGCUGGGAUGGCACCGCCAUGGCGGAAAACGCGUCUUCUAUGCCCUGCGGGGCAUGCGGUCGCAUGGAGAAAGGACAGUUGGACAUGGCGUGCGCGGCGCGGACAUGUGCGGUGUGGGAGAGUAUGGAAUCUGCACAACGUGGUGACGACGAGCGCGGUAUGAGACUGCGCGGUCAAUGGCGCCGACGGAGGCAGCGCGCGGGGGGGAAGGAAAGCGUGGAAAGUAACUGCGCAAUCCGACGGCAAUCCGACGGCACAGGGCGCGCGAGAACAAAGGGCGCCGCGUGGCGCAAGCGCGUACUAUUCAGCGCGCGGCCUACGCACUCUGUUGGAGCGGCCGUCCUCGAUGCCGGGCGCUCUGAAUUCCGCUGCCGACGCGCGCGGCAUUACUCGCUGGCGGGCGCGCGGAUGGCGUCGGGGGAGGGCGACGAGGUGGCGGGCGGGCGCGCGUGCUACUUCCACCGCGACCUCAAGCGCGGCAGCUACGGCGGUGACGUCAGCUGCUUGCAGGAGUACCUGCGCGCCGAGGGAUUCCUCUACGAGGAGCCGUCGGGGUACUUCGGCACGGCAACAGAGGAGGCCGUCAUCAAGUGGCAGACGAGCAACGCGCUGGUGCCGGCGCGGGGCAUCGUGGGGUACUCGUCGCGCGUGGCGUACGCGCGGAAGCACGGGCUGCCCACCACGGAGCAGCUGCGCGCCAUGGAGAAGGCCGCCGAGGGGUGUGAGGUGCGGCGGUGCAUAGAGAUCGACGCCCACAAGCGGAACGGCAUGGAGCUCUGGGAGCGAUGCCUAGCGGAGGACGCAUCCCUGGCUGAUCGCAUGCACCUCUGCAGCGAGGCGUGCCAAAUGGCAGUCAGUGAGGCGUGUGACAAGGCCUUCCCAACGAGCCAAAACAGCGACUACAAGAAUCGUCGUCGCCAUGGCAUCAGCGUCGUGUCACACGUCAUUAACAGCAAAUGGCAUUCGAUACGCCACUGGCGGCGCAGUAAAGCUCUCGCAAUCAAGGCGGUGCUCGUUUUCCGGCGCCAGGCCCUUCUCAUCCGUCUGAAAAGUUUUCCGAUUGUCACCGUUCUACUGCUUACAACUUCUUCCACUCCCAUGGAAGCUAUCGCUUUAGUGAACCAGAACGAUCAAAACGUUAGCGAGGCAGCGGAGGAGGCGGCGCAGAAGGCGGAGAAGGAGACGGAGGCGGCGGAGGCGGGCGCGGUGGACGAGUGGCGGUGGACGCUCAACUGGAACCACAUCCUGCCCAACCUCAUCGUCGGCUCCUGCCCUCGCUCGCCGGACGACGUUGAUCGCAUAGCGGACGAGGCGGGAGCAACGGCGAUCCUGAACCUGCAGUCCGAUCUCUGCUUCGACGCGCUGCAGAUUCCGUUUGAGAGCAUUCGGGCGCGGGCGGUGGAGCGAGGGGUGCUGCUGGCGCGAGUGCCAAUCAGAGACUUCGACCACGGCGACCAGGCGUUCAUGCUACCGGAGGCAGUGCGGGUGGUGAACGUGCUGCUGCACCGGGGGCACACGGUGUACGUGCACUGCACGGCGGGCAUCAACCGCGCGUCGCUGGUCUGCGUGGCGUACCUCUACUUCGUGCAGGGGCUGCGCCGCGACGAGGCGGUCACGGUGGUGAAGAGCGCGCGCCCCAUCGCGCACCCGUACCUCGACUGCCUGGCGGACGCCAAGCGCCGCCUGCUGGAGGGGCGGCAGGAGGAGAUGACGGCGCUCGCCACUCAGAUCUACGAGCAGCGCAGCAACGGCGGGCACACCGGCUCCGCCACCUCUGAUUGGUCCGCCGCCCAGACGACAGCCAUUGCAGCAUCGUUCCGCAAGUUCCUCGAGGUCGACAAUGGCCUGCUGUCGAUGGAGGACGACCUGGCGGCAGCAGCAGAGGCGAGGCGGCAGCAGCAGGAGGAGGAGAGUGAUGACGAGCGCGGGGAGGCGGUGGCAGCGGAGAUCGAGCGGCUGACAGGGGAGCUGCGGCAGCAGCGGGAGGAGAUCCAGCAGCUGCAGGCGGCGGCGCGGCAGUGGAAGCUGCAGAAGGAGCAGGCAGAGGGCAUGGUGCAGCUGCUGCAGCAGGAACUCGCCAUCAAGGACGCUGCUACUGCUGCUGCUGCUGCUGCUGCUGCAGCCACUGCUGCUGCUGCUACUGCAGCCGCCACAGCUGCUGUUGCCACGGCAGGAGGGGGAGCUGGCAGCUUGAAGGCAGCAGGGAGCACGAAUGGAGUUGCUGUAACGGUCCCAUACGCGAAGAUGACGUCGAGUCAGGUGUCAGCAGCGUUUGCGGCGGCGCGCACGUCCAAGGUGACUACGAUAGUGUGGUUCCGCCGCGACCUGCGCGUCGAGGACAACCCCGCGCUCAUCGCGGCGGCGCAGCAGGGCGCGGUGGUGCCGCUCUUUGUGUGGUCGCCGGAGGAGGAGGGGCAAUUCUUCCCCGGCCGCGUGUCGCGCUGGUGGCUGCGCAACUCGCUGUCGCAGCUGCACGCGGCGCUCACGGCGCUGGGCGUGCCGCUCUUCAUGCGGCGCGCCAAGUCGACCCUGGCGGUGCUGCUGGAAGUCAUGGCGGCCACCGGCGCCACGCAGGUCUUCUACAACCACCUCUACGACCCGGCGUCGUUGGUGCGCGACCACCGCGUGAAGCAGGAGCUGAGUCGGCGCGGAGUGGUGGUGCGCUCGUUUAACGCGGAUCUACUCUUCGAGCCCUGGGAGAUCUUCGACGACCACGGCAAGGCCUUCACCACCUUCCGCUCCUUCUGGCGCCACUGCCUGCACCACCCGCGUCCCUCCCGCCCCGACCCGCCGCUCCCCGCGCCCGCGCGCCUGUGCGGGCCGCUGGGGUUCGUGCGGAGCGUGGCGGUGGACCUGCUGGGGCUCGAGGCGGACGACGAGCGCCCCAGCAACGACCUGCUCGCGCGCGCCUGGCUGCCCGGCUGCACCAACGCGGACCGCGCGCUCGUCGCGUUCCUGCACGGCCCGCUGCUCGAGUACGCCGCGAACCGCAGCAAGGCGGACAGCGCGACGACGUCGCUGCUCUCCCCGCACCUGCACUUCGGGGAGAUCUCCGCGCGCCGCAUCUUCCACGAGUGCCAGCGCCUCAGCGUCGCGUGGCAGAAGGACGGGCUCCCGCGCGCGGCGGAGAGCGUCGCGCAGUUCGUGCGCGCUCUGGGUUUCCGCGAGUACUCGCGCUACCUCUCCUUCAACUUCCCCUUCACGCACGAGCGCUCCCUCCUCGCGAACCUCAAGCACUUCCCGUGGCGCGUGGACGAGCACAUGUUCAAGCUAUGGCGGCAGGGGCGCACGGGGUACCCGCUCGUGGACGCGGGCAUGCGCGAGCUGUGGGCGACGGGGUGGCUGCACAACCGCAUCCGCGUCGUUGUCGCGUCGUUCUGCGUGAAGUUCCUGCAGCUGCCGUGGCGGUGGGGCAUGAAGUACUUCUGGGACACGCUGCUCGACGCGGAUCUCGAGGCGGACGUGCUGGGCUGGCAGUACAUCAGCGGCUCGCUGCCCGACGGCCACGAGCUCGACCGCAUGGACGACCCCGAGGAGGAUGGCUAUCGUUUCGACCCCGAGGGGGAGUACGUGCGGAGGUGGGUGCCGGAGCUUGCACGCGUGCCGACGGACUGGAUUCACCACCCGUGGGACGCGCCGCCUGUCGUGCUGCGCAUGGCGGGGGUGGAGUUGGGGGCGAAUUACCCGCGGCCCGUGCUUGAUGUGCUCACGGCGCGGCAGCGGCUGCAGGAGGCGGUGGACACGAUGUGGCAGCGCGAGGCGGCGCUGAAGGCGGCUGCCGCCAACGGGUGCGACGAGGGGCUGGGCGACACGGAGGAGGUGCUCGUCGCGUUCUCGCGCGCGCCUGACCACCGCCUGCCCAUGCGCGUGCACACCGCGCUCGUGCGCCCCGAGCUCAGCUGCGCCAAUGGCGCCUCCGUCCCCGCCGCGUCGCACAGCACGCUGGCGGCCAGCGCCAGGGGCGGCGCAGAGGGGUUGGCGCGCUCCGCGUCGUGCGACUCCGCUGCCGCCAGCGGGGUCGGGCCGUGGCGCGGACCUGCAGAUAACGGGGAGGGGGCGGCGCAGGGGGUGCGCGCGGGCGGGGAGGAGCUCCCCCUGGCCGUGCAGAUGGAGGCGGCGGCGGCGGCGGUGAUGGCGGCGGACAGGGCGGGGAAGGCGGCGCGAGGAGCGGCGGAAGGGGAGUGCGGGGAGGUGAAAAGGCAAGUCGCGGAUGGAGAAGCGGCGGAGCUGGCGGCGGGGACGGCGGACGGCGCGGACGGCGCGGGCGGUGCGGGCGGAACUGCGCCUGGCAUUGUCCCGUGGAACGACCAGAUGGUGCCGUACUUCCCCUCGCCCGCCACCAUCCAGGCCGCGGAAGCCAUUCUCGCGGGGGACGCCGCUGCGGCGCGCGCCACUGAGGCGGAAGGCGUGCAGCCGCCCUUCCCCAAGGACGUGCCGGCGGAAGGGAAGGGGACUCGCCCUCCUGCGCCGGGCGCGCCGGAUCAACCAGCUGCGGGGAAGGGGAACGUGGCGGGCGGGGCGACGUCGGCGCUGCCGCGUUGGGCGGCAGUUCUGGGCGGGCAGGGCGGAGGCGGGGCCGCGCACGGGACGGCGGACGGGUUGUCCCCGUCCGCGCGCGUGUCCAGUCUGGUGGAACUGCAGCUGUUCCCCUCUGCCCCGCGCCCCGCCCCCGCCGAUGGCGCGCGCGCGCAGAGGGGAAAAAUGGCGGAGGGGAGGCAGGCGGAAGGGUCGAAGAAGGAUGGCGGGGCCACGACGGGGAAGGAAGGCGGGGGAGUGCUUGGAAAGCGCGGAUUCAGUAACGUGUGGGGAGAUGACACGCCGUUUCCUUCUACAAUGCGGUGCUGUCGGCCCCCUGUGCUGCACGCCCCUCCCCCUGAGCUGCACGCCCCUCCCCCUGUGCUGCACGCCCCUCCCCCUGUGCUGCACGCCCCUCCCCCUGUGCUGCACGCCCCUCCCCCUGUGCUGCACGCCCCUCCCCCUGUGCUGCACGCCCCUCCCCCUGUGCUGCACGCCCCUCCCCCUGUGCUGCACGCCCCUCCCCCUGUGCUGCACGCCCCUCCCCCUGUGCUGCACGCCCCUCCCCCUGAGCUGCACGCCCCUCCCCCUGAGCUGCACGCCCCUCCCCCUGAGCUGCACGCCCCUCCCCCUGAGCUGCACGCCCCUCCCCCUGAGCUGCACGCCCCUCCCCCUGAGCUGCACGCCCCUCCCCCUAAGCUGCACGCCCCUCCCCCUGAGCUGCACGCCCCUCCCCCUGAGCUGCACGCCCCUCCCCCUGAGCUGCACGCCCCUCCCCCUGUGCUGCACGCCCCUCCCCCUGUGCUGCAGGCCCCUCCCCCUGUGCUGCACGCCCCUCCCCCUCGGGCUGGGACACAAUGGCCUGCACCUUGCUCAGCAGGCUGA